AUGAGUGAUAUCAAGCAACAACAGAAAUCAGUUAUUGUGAUAGGUGCCGGCGUUGGUGGUGUUUCGACCGCUGCGCGACUCGCCAAGGCUGGCUUUAAGGUCACAAUCGUUGAAAAGAACGAUUUUACCGGUGGGCGUUGUUCACUAAUUCACAAAGAUGGCUACCGCUUUGAUCAGGGGCCUUCACUGCUUCUUCUCCCUCGCUUCUUCCACGAGAUCUUCCAAGACCUAGGAACAUCUCUGACAGCAGAGGGAGUUGAGCUAUUGAAGUGUGAACCCAACUACAACAUCUGGUUCGGCGAUGGUUCAUCUUUCGAGAUGUCAACUGAUCUCACCAAGAUGAAGAAGGCCAUUGAGGCUGUUGAGGGCAUUGAUGGUUUUGAGCGAUACCUCGGAUUUCUUCAGGAGUCACAUCGUCACUACGAAGUCAGUGUCGAGUCAGUCCUGCGAAGAAACUUCCCCAGUAUCUUGAGUCUGGCGCGCCCUGAAGUUCUGUUCAACCUGUUCAACAUCCACCCCCUUGAGAGUAUUUGGACACGUGCCAGCAAGUAUUUCUGGACUGAGAGACUUAGAAGGGUUUUCACCUUUGGAAGCAUGUACAUGGGCAUGAGUCCAUUUGAUGCCCCCGGAACAUACAGCUUGCUUCAGUAUACCGAACUGGCUGAGGGUAUCCUGUAUCCCAGAGGUGGAUUCCACAAGGUCGUGGAAGCAUUGGUUAAUGUCGGUCAGCGACUAGGAGUUGAAUACCGUCUUUCAACUGGUGUCAAGUCCAUUUCUAUUGACCAAGCAACGGGCAAAGCUAACGGCGUUGUCUUGGAGAAUGGCACACAUUUGCCCUCAGACAUUGUAAUCUCAAACGCGGAUCUUGUCUACACCUACAACAACCUACUACCCAAGACAAGCUACGCAGACUCACUAUCAAAACGUGAGACAUCAUGCAGCAGCAUUUCUUUCUACUGGUCAGCAUCAAAGAUCAUUCCUGAGCUCAACGCCCACAACAUUUUCCUCGCCGACGAGUACCAGGAGUCAUUCGAUAGCAUCUUCAAGGAGCACCUGAUUCCUACUGAACCUUCCUUCUACGUCAACGUCCCUUCGCGCAUCGAUCCUUCAGCUGCCCCCGAGGGUAAGGAUGCUGUUGUUGUCCUGGUGCCUGUUGGCCAUCUUCUCUCAGACUCCGCUGGCACACAUCGUGGCGCUUCCAAGUCUGGAAACUCCAAUAUCGUCGAGGGUGGCCAGGACUGGGAGAAGAUGAUUUCUCUUGCUCGCGACACUGUUAUUGCAACUAUGAAGGCCAGAAUAGGAGUUGACCUGGCCCCUCUUAUUGAGAAUGAGAUUAUUAACACUCCUUACACAUGGCAGGAGAAGUUCAACCUAGACAAGGGUGCCAUUCUUGGUCUGAGCCAUUCUAUCAUGAACGUUCUUGCCUUCCGUCCCGGUACUCAGCACUCCAAGUACAAGAACCUUUACUUUGCAGGUGCCAGCACACAUCCUGGUACUGGUGUUCCAGUGUGUAUCGCUGGCAGCAAGAUUGUUGCUGAGCAGAUCAUGAAGGACUCGGGGUUCAAGAAGCACCAAAUUCCUUGGUCUCAAGAGACUUCCAAGUCUCCUAAGAGCAGACUUGACAAGCUCCACGAUUCUUCACUAACACUGUUCCAAGGUUUCUUGGGAGUUUUGGUUGCGAUGUUCUUGGCUUAUUAUUACAUGUUUAUUGCUGCCAAUUAG